AUGUACUGGCCUGACAGCACCACCAUCCACCGGCCCCCAGGCCCCCAUCCUGUGUUUAGACAUGCCUCCAAGUCCACAGAAUCUCCACCAUUCUGGGACUCUCUCCCUCAGGAGCUUACCAACUUGACCAGUCUUCUGUACUGGCUUCCAACCCCAGGAGGGGGGGACCUGUUGGCCUCCACCAGCCCCCAGACCUCCACGUACCACCUGAGGGGUCCUGCCCAAGCCACCUAUGAGCUGGGAGGCCUCCUGGAGGUCAUCCUUGUAGCCAGGGACCACUGGGGCAGACCCAAGAGUCAUGGAGGGGAUCUGUUUCAGGCCCGGCUCCUGGGUCCAGAAUCAAAAGCGGGGGUCCCUGGGGAUGUCCAAGAUCUGGAGAAUGGCACAUACCUGGUGUCCAUCCCCCUGCUCUGGGUUGGGAAGGCCCAGGUGCAAAUGCGGCUGAUCCACUCCAGUGAGGCAGUAGGGGUUCUGCGCAGAAUCUGGAGAGAGAAACGGGCCACGGUUGACUUUAGGGGGUAUUUCCAGGGAAUGAAAGGGGCUAAAGAGACUGUGGUUUGCAAUGUUGACCCCCACUCAACUGGAGCUAAAGGGCUGACCUGUCAGUACAGGGAUGUGGUUUCAGGUGAGCUAUGGUUCUGUGCUCAACCCCCUACCCUUCCCUGCAACUCUUUAGUUGGUCACUCAGCUGGGAGUUACCUGAAGGUGACCACACGACACGAUGAAGCUCUGCUGGCCUGGAAUGUGACUGACAAGCUGCUUCCUCAGGGAAUUCCUCCAAUCCUGGUCAGCCCAGCAGCCCACUGGAACAUCGUUCUGGCUUUGCCCCCACGGCCUCCAUGCCACCCUGGUCUCAAGUCCCCAAAGCCCUCUGGCUUCUACUACCAAAAUACGUGGCACUCCCUGUCUUGUUCUGGCCGGACCUUCCCUACUGCUGACAGCAUCCUGGGCUGCCUGGCUGGCCGCGUGGUCCACAUGAUAGGAGACUCCACCCUUCGGCAGUGGUGGGAGUACCUCCGUGACACUGUGCCUUCUAUGAAGUCAGUGGAUCUUCAUGUCACAUAUCAGGCAGGGCCCCUGAUGGCCGUGGAGACCACUCGGGGCAUAGUGCUGCACUGGCGGGCCCACAGCUGGCCCCUGCGCACUGCCCGGACAUCAGUGGCCUCCCUGCACUCUGUGGCCAGAGAGCUGGGUGGCCUGGCCGGGGGUCCCUACACUGUGGUGGUGUUGGGUCUGGGAGCUCACUUUACCACCUUCCCUCCAUCCAUCUUUGUGCGACGACUGGCUGGGAUUCGGGCGGCUGUGAUGGCCCUGCUGGCCCGGGAGCCCAGUACUCUUGUGGUCAUCAAACUGGCCAACACUGGCUAUAAGUCUGUAUACGGCAGUGACUGGCUCACCCUCCAGGUGAACAGGCUCCUCCGAGCUGCCUUUGCAGGCCUCCGUGUGGCCUUUGUGGACGCCUGGGAUAUGACCAGCAGUCUGGCCUUGCCAGACAGCAUCCACCCAGGGAGGCUCAUUGUCCAAAAUGAGGUGGCCUUAUUCCUCUCCUUCAUCUGUCCCACCUGA